AUGGGUGGGAAAAUCGAUUACGAUAUCAAUUCAGGUAAUGGUCCUUUCACUUUUCGUAUGCAUGGUCAGAAUUACCAUAAGAUUGGAUCUUUGCUACCGGUCGAAGGAUAUAUACCACGUUUUGCACAGUUAUACGUAUACGAUACUGCUCAUGAAGUUCAAAACCGACUCAACGCUCUUGCCAAAGGAAAAAAUAAUGAGUUAGAUGAAACAAUUUUGGGCGGACUAAUUGAAAUGCUCGACAAAUACAAUGAGCUAGCUAAAGUUUUUAGAAUGGCUAGAGAUAGAUAUGAGUCUGGAGCAAAUGAAGAAUACUCAAUUAGAUUAAUCAAAAAUAAAGAACGCGGCAGACAAUUUGACCUUCCACAAGGAGAAGAGAUUGCAGGACUGAUUGUGGGUGACAUGUCUAUCCCAAAUUCUGACAGAGAUAUAAUAGUGCAUCCUAAAAUGGAAAAACCCCAGUACAUCAGCUUUUUACAUCCAUCAUACAUGUCACUACAAUAUCCUUUGUUGUUUCCAUAUGGUGAACAAGGAUACAUCGAGAAGACCAUUCCAUAUAGUUCAGAGGGAUAUACUACUAAAAGGUCAUACGUUACAAUGCGAGAGUAUUAUGCAUACCAGAUACAUACUAGAUUGACAUCUCCGGGGACAAUAGUACGUUCAGGCCGUUUAUUUCAUCAAUACGUGGUUGAUGCAUAUACAGCUAUCGAACAAGAACGUAUGAACUUUUAUUUGUAUAACCAGAAGAAACUUAGAGCGGAUCUAUACAAUAAUGUAUGUGAUGCAAUUGAACAAGGUGAUGCAGAUUCAAAGAAACUAGGCCAAAAAAUAAUUCUACCAUCAUCGUUUACAGGCGGACCGCGAUACAUGAUAGAAAAUUAUCGAGAUGCAAUGGCUAUUUGCAGACGUUAUGGAAAUCCAGACCUUUUCAUUACCAUAACAGCAAAUCCAAAAUGGGAAGAAAUCACUGAACAUAUAAAAAAGGCAGGAAAUGAGAAUGCAAAUGACAGGCCUGAUAUUGAAUGCCGUGUAUUUAAAAUGAAAUUAGAAGAACUUCUUAAAGACCUCCAAGAUGGUGUCUUCUUCGGCCCUAUUACAGCAGUCAUUCACACAAUCGAGUUUCAAAAACGUGGUCUACCUCAUGCACACAUACUUUUAUGGCUACAAGAGUCUAAACAAAAUCCAAGUCCAGAAGACAUUGAUAGUUUCAUUAGCGCUGAAUUACCAGAUAAAGCGACUGAUGCAGAAGGUUUUCUAUUGGUUGAGCAAUUUAUGAUGCAUGGACCAUGCGGGCAUAAGUGUAUGGAUGAUAACAAAUGCACCAAAAAGUUUCCAAGACAGUACAACAAUACCACAAAUAUUAGUGAAGCUGGCUACAUUUCUUACAGAAGGAGAUCUGACGAAACAAAUUUUGUGAUGAAGGGUAACACAAAGCUUGAUAACCGCUACGUUGUGCCUCACAAUCUCACACUCCUGAAAAAAUAUAAAGCUCACAUCAAUGUAGAAUGGUGCAGUACUUCUUCAGCUAUAAAGUAUCUAUUCAAAUAUAUCACAAAAGGAGUAGACAUGGCUACAAUGAGGAUAGAGAGAAAAGGAGUGGAUCAAAAUAAAGAAGAGAAUGAAUCACAAGAAGAGAUAAACGAGAUAAAAAACUAUCUGGAAUGUCGUUACCUCUCUGCGUGUGAAGCUAUUUGGCGAAUUUUUACAUUCGAUAUUCAUGACCGCAAACCUGCAGUAACAAGACUAUCAUUACACCUACCUAACCAACAAAGAAUCAUUUACCCUGAAGGUGCCAAACUGGAAUACAUUUUAUCAAAAGACGGAAUCAAGAAAACAAUGCUUACAGAAUGGUUCGAGAUGAACAGACGAUGUCCUGAAGCAAGAAAACUUACUUAUAUUCAAUUCCCUUCAUAUUACGUGUGGGAUUCAGAUGGGAAAAUGUGGUCAAAAAGGAAGCAAGGAUUCAGCAUAGGAAGAAUAGUGAACAUUCAUCCAACAUCAGGAGACUUAUAUUACUUAAGAAUGCUUCUGAAUACAGAAAUAGGGCCUACAAGCUUUGAUGAUUUACUAACAUUUGAUCAUGUAAAAUACAAGACCCGGGUCCAUAUCUAG